AUGUACCUAGUUAAUUAUUUUUUAAUUUUUAUAUUGGUCCAUAAUAUACAGUCCGGACAAUGUGCAGCUGUGAAACGUUCUACGCCAGGAGGUUCGGUCAUAGAAGACACUAUUCAUUACUGUAAAUGCACCAUCUACAGCGAUGGUACUGAUAAACCGACUGAGUGCUUAGUAGACGAAUCAAAGAUAGAACCAUUUUAUACUGAAGAAAUGGUACAUAACAUGAAGGAGUUUUGUAAGGCCCUAACUCCUACAAUAUUAAAGCCAAUAGUUGAAGCUCACAAGCACAAACCAAAAAUUGAGCCAGAACCAACGUCAGAACCAAAGGUGCCUCCAACGAAUGAACCAGGGGUGCCUCCAACAAAUGAACCAAAGGUGCCUCCAACGAAUAAACCAAAGGUGCCUCCAACGUCAGAACUAAAUGUGCCUGCAACGUCAGAAUUAAAUGUGCCUCCAACGAAUGAACCAAAGGUGCCUGCAACGAAUGAACCAAAGGUGCCUCCAACGAAUGAACCAAAGGUGCCUGCAACGAAUGAACCAAAGGUGACUCCAAAGUCAGAACUAAAUUUGCCUCCAACGAAUGAACCAAAGGUGCCUGCAACGAAUGAACCAAAGGUGCCUCCAACGAAUGAACCAAAGGUGCCUCCAACGAAUGAACCAAAGGUGCCUCCAACAAAUGAACCAAAGGUGCCUCCAACGAAUGAACGAAAGGUGCCUCCAUCGUCUUCAUCAGAUGUCAUACCAACGCAACCACAAUCUAGUACAGAUGUAACGCCCGAGCUAUCAUAUGUCCUGUGCAAGAAAGCUAAACGUCACUGUUACUCUGGAGAGACACUUGAAUCAGUUGUUAAGCUGGUGGUGUCGAUAUGUGCUUGUUCCAAUAAACAGAUAUCCACAGAUAACCCGGUGGAAUGCACAAUUGAUAAUGGAUUACAUGGUUUGAGUUCAACGAUGACAACUGCAAUGGACAGAUUGUGUGAGAAUAUUGGUGAAAUCUACGAUAAGUUUGAAGAGAUGGGGGAUUUAGAAGAAGGCUUUGAUGAUAAUAAUAAACCAGAUAAGAAAGUGCCAGUAAGCGAUGAUCUUCAUAAACUUUUUAAAGAAUUACCGAACACCGAAGAGUAUGAAACUAAUGGCAUGACUCGUAAUAGAAGGACAAAUGUCCUACCAGAUAAACUUAAUAUAGAAAACCAAACCAAUGUUCAACCUGUAGAGCAAAAAGAAAAAGAGAAAACCAACGAUCAGUUGGAAAAUAAGACAGGAGAAAACGCUAUGGUGAAGGAGCUAACAAAAACAAUAGAUAAUUUGUCUAAUAGUUCUCCGCAAGGUACGACAACUAACGAAGAGCAAAAUUUGAUAAAUGCAUUUACAGAAAAUGUUAACCGGGUUAAUCCGCCUAAUAAAACCAAGAAUUCCAAAAGAUACCCUGGAAAUGAAAACGCAGUACUAAAUAAUUCACAAAACAUACCAAAUGGAAAGACAUUAGACAAGUUUAAAAAAAAACAACAACAUUUAUCAAAUGAGGAUUCAGGAAAUAAAUCUAAACAGUUGAAACAGCAAACGUCACAUAGCACGAAUAAUCAUUCAAAUAAGAAUUUUGACAACAACUCUGUAAGUCCUCCUAAAAAUAGAAAUAAAUUACCCAAUGAUGCAGAAAACGUACCAAGUGGAAACAUUGGAAAUAGAGAAGACAAGUCCGGAAAUAAAAAAAUAAAUAAAACUGAAAUAAGCUUGCAAAAUGGAUCUAAUAAUUCUCCUCAAAAUAAUUUUAAUGGAGAGAAUUUAACAACAAACAUGGCAACUACUAAAAGUGGUGCUACCACAGAGGGUCCAUUUAAGCGUAAAAAACAGCCAAAAAAUAAAACAGUCAACAUUGAUAGUAGACAAGCUGAUGAUCCGGAUCCAGACGUUAAAGAGAAGCCAGCUCAGCAGUAUUCUUUGGAAACAGUCAUAGUGCUGACAGUCUGUGGUUUUGCUUACGGCACUCUGCUCACCAUCAUCAUCAGGAUGACUUACACGCGAUGCAGAAGGCGAGGACACAAUUUUAACCAUUCGAGGGCGUGA